GUAUUACUUUGUUUUUCCCGAGAUACGUCUGUAUUGGAGCACUUUACUUACAGUAGUGCCACCCCACCCAAAUCAUACAUACGAGGAAAACUCGGAAUGGAAGAAUAUGCUGUUUUCUAUCCUCCAAAUGGUGUAAUUCCUUUUCAUGGCUUUUCUAUGUAUGUUGCUCCACUUUGUUUUCUGUACCAUGAACCUUCCAAAUUGUAUCAGAUAUUCCGUGAGAUGUAUGUGCGUUUUUUCUUCAGACUCCAUUCCAUCUCUUCUCAUCCCUCUGGCAUUGUAUCGUUGUGUUUGCUGUUUGAAACUCUUCUACAAACUCAUCUGCCCCAGCUCUUUUAUCACCUUCGAGAAAUUGGGGCUCAACCGCUACGAAUUUCAUUUAAAUGGAUGGUACGAGCAUUUUCUGGUUAUUUAGCUACAGAUCAGCUUUUACUUCUGUGGGACAGGAUCCUGGGAUACAACUCCUUAGAAAUUCUUGCUGUCCUGGCAGCUGCUGUGUUUGCUUUCCGAGCAGUCAACCUGAUGGAGGUGACAUCACUGGCUGCAGCUGAAGCUGUGCUUGCUGACCUUUCAACCCUGAAAGUUAUGCCUCUUCUUCAAAUCUUCUUGUUUGCUACUGUCACUUGAUCUGCUUCAGCCAUACUGGUACCACAAUUUCAGCCUUUCUUGAGAAGCUAAUCAUCAACUAUGCAAUGUCUGCAUAAAACCAAAAUUAAGCUGUGUGUACAAUAUUAAUUUAGAAAUCAUGACCUUAAAUUUUUCUAACUGAAAACAGUACUUUUGCACAUGAGUGUGGGCAGUGCAUGCUACUGAAUUUCACCAUAGCAGCAAUGGUUAUUACUGUACAUUGAGAAUGACUACCUGUGCAACAAAACAAUAUGAAUCAGUGUCUAAAAUGCAUGUAAUAUUAAAUUAAAUAAAGUAAACGUAAUU